AUCUUCCGAAGAAACAUUAGCCUUGGAACUAAUUACCCAACAUCUUCUUACAGACUUUGCUUCCUUGGAUUCUUUUCUUGCCAAUCUUGAUCACUGUACUUCCAUGGUUGAAACCCCCAAAAUCCCUCAAGCUUCCAGCCUGAAACAAUCUACUCUGAGCCAACGUCGUCCUGCUGUAAACGUAACAAUUCCAGCAGCAAAACUGAACAUGAGCAACACGGUCGGAUCAUCGGACUGUGACCAGAAAAGGCAUUACAGGGGUGUUAGGAGACGCCCGUGGGGCAAAUUCGCUGCCGAAAUCAGAGACCCGAACAGGAAAGGGGCGAGGGUUUGGCUGGGGACCUUUGACACCGCCAUCGAAGCUGCUAAUGCUUAUGAUAGAGCAGCGUUUAAGCUGCGGGGAAGCAGGGCGAUUGUGAAUUUCCCUCUUGAAGCUGGGAAAUCUGAUUCUGGAGAUUCAGAAUUAACAGAGGAUUCAUCUUGUAUGAAAAGGAAAAGAGAGGAAGACGAUGAAGAACGAAGCAUCGAAAGUAAAGUAGUGAAAAGAGAGUCGGUGGAGGAAUACGAGACCGUGCCGGCGAAGGAGCCGGGAGCAUGUUUAACGCCGUCAAAUUGGACCGGGGUUUUGGGAUAGUGAAGAUAUGAAGGGAAUAUUCAGUAUCCCUUCGUUAUCUCCGUUAUCUCCCCAUCCGUUUGGCUGUUCAAGGCUUGCGGUCAUGUGAAAAAUAAGUGACGGAUAAAGUUAACGGUUUUGACGGUUUCCGGCCGACGUUUACUAAAUUGGGAU